CGAGAUUCCACUCGAGUCAUCUGAUGCAAAGAGCUGCCAUUGCUGGAAGUGCCCUGAAUUUCUUCGGCCGCAAUAUUACAUUGGCUACGAGGUCAACAGCGAUCGAUAAAUCUGACUUUUUAGGUCUCAACAAAGGGUUAAACUUGUCCUCUGUCCACUGCAACUCUACUGCAAGACCCAAGGCAUUCUCCACAUCUGGACAACCAAAAAUGGCUGAAACCACAAACACACUUCGAUAUGUUGAUAUCGGUAUCAACCUAAGCGACCCCGUCUUCCGCGGUGAAUACCACGGAAAACAAGCCCACGAAGAUGACCUUGACGACGUAAUCCAGCGCGCAAAAGACGUAGGCUGUUCCAAGUUCAUGGUAACAGGCUCUGACCUAGUCGAAUCCAAACACGCCAUCUCCGUCGCCAGCAAAUACCCUGGCUUCUGCUACGCCACAGUAGGCGUGCACCCCUGCCAAGCAAAACUAUUCGACGAAUACCCAGAAGGAGCACAGAAAAUGCUCCAAGAACUCUGGACACUAGCCGUGCAAGCCAAAAAAGAUGGGCACGUCGUGGCCUUUGGCGAGAUCGGACUAGAUUACGACCGACUCUUCCUCAGUCCGAAGGAACCCCAGCUGAAAUACUUCGAGGCCCAGCUCGACCUCGCGGUUGAGAUUCAGUUGCCGCUGUUCUUGCAUUCCCGUGCGGCAAGUGAAGACUUUGAGAGACUUCUCGCGCCGCGGAUGACGCGGUUGCCGAAGCGGGGUCUUGUUCAUAGUUUUACUGGUACGCUUGAGGAGAUGCAUCGGGUGGUGGCGCUGGGGUUGGAUGUUGGGGUUAAUGGGUGCAGUUUGAAGACGGAGGAGAAUUUGGAGGUUGUUAAGGCUAUUCCGCUUGAGAGGUUGCAGAUUGAGACUGAUGGGCCUUGGUGUGAAAUCCGCCCCUCUCAUGCUUCAGCGAAGCAUCUUGAAGGUGCGCCUGAUCUGCCCAAGGCUGUUAAGAAGGAGAAGUGGCAGAAGGGGUGUAUGGUUAAGGGUCGCAACGAGCCUAUUGCUAUUGCUCGUGUUGCUCAUGUCAUUGCUAGUGUUAAGGGGAUUACCGUGGAGGAAGUUUGUGAAGCUGCUUGGAAUAACUCGAUCCGCAUGUUUGGAUUGGGUGAGAAGUCCGCUUGAUUGCUCUUCAUGGACAAGUUGCUAUGGGCUAGACACCCCU